GACUAUCUAAUGACAUGUUGUGUUUCAGUAGUACUGAUUUAAAAUUCGCAUUCGGUAGAAUAUUUUAUCACUUUUUUCCGAUAUGAAAAUUGCCGUCGUCGGAUAACAUUGAUAAAAAUAUCCACGUAAAAGAGAAGCUGCAAUUAAAAUUCCUUGUAAAUAAAAUGGAUCUUCAUAAGCCCGUGCCGAACAAGACCUACGAAGAGAUGACUCGUGAAGAACGACUGAGAUUCGACCACCAAAAGAUGCACGAGAAACAUAAAGGACAUGAUGCGAUGCACUUAGAGAUGAUAUUAAUAUUGUUAGUGACAUUAAUCAUAGCCCAAAUCUUACUAGUCCAAUGGAAGCAACGGCACUAUCGGUCGUAUUCGCUGACGACACUCAUAGCACUGUGGCUUAUUCCGAUUGUGGUUUGUCUGAAAAAUUUCUGGUGGCGAUUUACGAUAUCAUGGGUUGUGUUCACUCUUAUUAGCUUGAUAGUGAUGCGAAAGGCUAACACCAAACCAGUAUCGGGUAGCACACCCAGAUUAGUGUACAAGUGGUUCAAUUUCAUCUACAAAUUAAGCUAUGGGCUCGGCAUCAUCGGAUAUUCGAUCAUGUUGAUGGCAUUUUUCGGUAUAAAUUUGAUAUUUGGCCAGCCACCACAAUCGUGGAUGGAUGUGGGUUUGAUGUUCGCGUAUUAUGGACUGUAUUUCGGUGUGCUUGGACGCGAUUUAUCGGAAAUUUGUACAGAUAAAUUAGCCUGUAACAUUGGGUAUUACCACCCAAAGGGUCUGCCCACCCGACAAUUGGAAGAAAAUAUUUGUGCCGUUUGUGGACAUGAGUUGGUUGUUAAGGCUGAGGAAGAGGGUUUACUGGAAAACAGUUACAAAUUGCCUUGCAAUCAUGUUUUCCACGAAUUCUGUAUACGAGGCUGGUGUAUUAUUGGAAAGAAGCAGACGUGUCCUUAUUGUAAAGAAAAAGUUGACUUAGCGAGACUCUUCAAAAAUCCUUGGGAACGACCGCAUCUACUCUACGGACAACUACUAGAUUGGGUGCGCUAUUUGGUUGCAUGGCAGCCACUCAUUUUGGGCUUGGUGCAGGGCAUUAAUUAUGUCCUCGGUUUAGAGUAGGUUUUUCUGUUUUUUGUAUUUUUGUAAAUUUGAUUAUUCGAUUUGUACAAAGCCAGCAUAAUGUUCAAGUGAGAGAUAAUGAAAAAUCUUUAUAAAAAAAAGCAAGAACAAUCGAAACACCGAAUUGAAAAAUUGAAUAAAAAAAAUCAUUUCUUUUUGUAGAACCAUCGUUACUCAGAACCUUCAUGAAGUGACAGAAAUUGAUGUUCAAUUUGAUUGAACGUAGAGAAAAGAAUAUGAAAACACGGUUGAUCCAUAAGCGAAUGGAUUUGACGAUUUUGUUGCAGUGAUUGUGUCGACAUUCAAAUUAAAUUUAUUUUUUGGCGGAAUUUUUUUUAACUUUUUGAGUUUAAAGUAAAAACAAAAAAAAAUAUUUUUUUUUCAAAAAAUUUGACUUCUUUUUGGCUUUAACAUUUGUUUUUGUGUUUUAUCGUAACUAAUUUUUUUGUUCUACUCGAUAAGCUGCCACACAAUCAUCAAUCAAUAACCGUUCAAUUAACAAACACUUUUUUUUUGUUUUGGUAACAAUCGAUCAUUUUGUGUAUUUUCAGGUCUUUGUUUGAAUGAGACUGAUACUUUUUUAUGUAGUAAAUUCCGGUCAUUUAUUACCAUUGAUCUGCAUCCAAUGUUCCAGGAAAAGAUAAUUUUGAAAUUUUUAUUUAUUAAAAAUGUUAGACGAGGAAAUGAAAAGAGCAUUUUCGGGUGUGUUUAAUUCAUGACUGUAAUUGAUUUUUGUGUAUAUGAAACCUAUUGUUGAGCGACAAAGAGAAACGGAAUCGUGUUAAAAUGUAAUUUGUAUAAAUGUUUCAGUAUUUGGUCACUAAUACAUGGAAUGCAAAAGAGUUGUGUUCACAAAGAACUACCCC